AGUGCUAAAGCAAAGGCUGGAGCUACAGGACAGGGAGGAGGAGUCUCUUCCUCUCACCAUCCUUUCUUCCUCCUCUCCUCCCUUGCCUGUCUCUCCAUGAGUAAAGCUGCAGCGUUCUGCAAUAAUCAACUGCCUGUGAGGAUUAACAGGACAAGCGAGGUGCCAUGGGCCAGCUCUGCUGCUUUCCAUUCUCCAGAGACGAGGAGAAAAUCAUUUUCUGGCAGCUUCUUUCUUUUACCAGACAAGGUCAAAAGAAUGGGAGAGAACCAGAUGAUGCAGAACUUGUGAGUUUGAGCAAGAGGCUGGUGGAAAAUGCAGUACUAAAGGCUGUACAGCAGUACAUAGAAGAGUCACAGGCCAAAGCCAGACAGACAGAUGGGAUAUUGCUGGAAGCUUCCAAUAGCGAGAAAACUGAAAAUAACACAGUCAUGGCACAAUGAGAACAGCUUUGACCUGAAAGUAAAUACCUAAACUUGAAACUCCGCCAAUACCAACUGAGUGACUGUUGGUUUCCUAAACAGACAGAUACUGUAUGCAUAAUACAUUUGGAUAUUAUUUCCACAGAAUGUCUAGGCAAAAGUAUGGCUUUCUGGCAGACUUUGUGAUAAUCUAAAACACUGUAAAUUGGAAUCAGCAACCUUCUUGCAAGGUGAAUAAUUACGUGGAUUUUUUUUUUUUUUUUUUUUUGGAGGAGAAUUUUGUGACAUCAAAAAUGAACGGCCAUCCAAGAGACCUUCCAACUAGAGGGAGCCAUGACUUUCUUUGUGUUCACUAGGGAUGUAGAAUUUCUUUUAUUUGCAGCUGGAGGUUCCAAUCACAUUACUGCUUUUGCAACAGCAAUCUUCAAAAGCUAUGCUAAUUUCCUCACUGGAUGUUUUAUCAGAGAUAAUAUAUUGGCAAUUCCGUGUUGUAUUGGAUUCUCUAAUGUUUUGUGAUACUAUGCAGUAUUUCUCAAUAACAUUUGAUCAUAAAAUUAAUCUAUUUUUGACACGUAGCACCUUUUUAAUAUAAACUGUGGCCAAAUGCUGAUGCUUGUAUUAAAUCUUUCUUUCAACUGAA